GCCAAGAUUGAACUUGGACUUGUAAGCCCAAACCCGUUUCAAUUGAGACCCUAAACCCAAUUGAUUUCGGAUUUGACUCAACCACAACAUUCAAAUACCGCUAUACUCCUUCAUGGCAACAAACUCGUUCUUUUUCCGACGAAUCCUCGCACUUCUCUUUCUUCUGCAAAAAAAUCAGCACUAUAAAGUGACUUAGUACCAUGGAAGCACCUAAUAACUCUGAUGUUAGUAUUGAUAGUUCUCAAAAGGACUCUGAUGUUAGUAUUGAUCCAAAACCUCAAGUUAUAUACCGCUGCAAGAAAUGUCGAAGGAUUGUUGCAUCAGAAGAGCAAGUUGUUCCACAUGAACCUGGUGAAGGCCAAAAAUGUUUCAAAUGGAAAAAGAGAAGCGACAAUCCCUACAAGGAGUUACCUCAAUGCUCCUCUAUUUUUGUUGAGCCCAUGAAGUGGAUGCAAGUUGUGGAAGAUGGUUGUGUCCAAGAUAAGCUUCAGUGCCUGGGUUGUAAAGCUCGGCUCGGUUACUUCAAUUGGGCAGGCAUGCAGUGCAACUGUGGAGCAUGGAUUAACCCUGCAUUUCAGCUGCACAAGAGUCGACUAGAUGAGUGUGUCAUCUUUAAAUAAUUGCCUGAGUUUUCUGUUGAGGCAUGGUUAGUAGUUAUGUAAAUCAGUUAAGAACUUACAGUCGUCCUGCGUAUUUUGUAAGAAAGCAGACGAUUUUUUAUUGAUGGAGUAUUUGAUA